AUGAAAGACAUGGAGCUCUUCAACGAUACCUCUGGUAGGUUUAAUAUCUAGAUAUUUGUGUUCAAGUUGUCUGACAUCAUCGGCAGGCAUGUGAUUUACGAGAGAGCAGCCAUCACCAUCAGCCGUCACCGGAGAGAGAGCACGCCUCCUCCUCCAGAGCUUUGACCUGCAAACAAACCACAAAAGUCUCAUUAUACUCUAUUUACUUUACUUUCUGUUUUCUCUGCAGACCGAGGGAUGCUAAACUUUGGUGAGUAAAGGCUUUUCCUUCCAAUAGAUAAUCAUUUAAGAGGGCUCUGUAAAGAGUUAUAUCAAAUUAAGGGAGAAGUGGACUUAUUGAUGUGUUUUCUGAUGAGUCAUUAUGAACUGUAAUGUCUCACAAAACCUCUGGGUGCUUUGGAGAUCUGGAGGUGCAAAAACAAAAAAAAUUAUGAACAAAUCAAAGAAAAUAUACAUGUUUAAGAGUCUCUGAGCUCAACCUAUUCAUUUUGCCACAUCCCAACUCUCUAAAUUAUCAGUUAUUUGUAGCUGAUUAAGAAUUUUGCAUAAUUACGUGUUCAAAGCUCAACAGUGACAACAGGAAAUACAUUUGUCUUUUUGCCGGCAAAGUGUGAGACCCUCAAACCUCAACCACAUGGUUAAAUCAGCGCCACACUGUUAUGUCUGGCAGUACCAGGUGUUAUUACAAACUUACAGACUUCCUUGUUUUUCAUGUUACACGUAUUUUGUUUGUUAUAUGGUAAUCAGUCAUGGUUUAACAACAAUAAUGCACCUCUAGGUGUGCUGAUACACAAGAUAAUGGACCUCGCAAAGUCAAAAACACAUUCAAGUCCUGUUAUUCAAUUUGCUGAGGAUAGGCUAAGUGUUAUACUCUAUAAGAGGUACAGAGUUUUUGAGUAGAACCACGAAAUAAACACUCAGCAUAUUUUAGGAGGGAAUCCAUGCACUUGAUGAGAUUAUACUAAUCUCUACCUAGCUCUUAAUUUAUUCUGUACCUCUUUAUUCACAGACCUCUUACAGGACUUCAUUGCUGAUUACCAGCCUACUCUACCUGGACCCCCUCCACCGCCUGCUGACCUCAUUGACAAUGGGGAGGUUCAACAGCCCAGGCUGGUACCGAGAGGAACAGCAUGUCAGGUGAGCGGAAUAACAAUACCUCACUGGGUGUCUCUUAUACUCAUGUGAUGUACCUGCGUAGUCAUCUGUGUAGUCGUGGUUAAGGUGGUGUCUACCUCUGUAAGCGGUUUCCUAUCUAAGAAUCAUGGUUUGCCACUCCUAGAAGAUGGAUGUGAAGGUUUCGUGGACAAAUGAGCAAAUGUAUACAGUACAUACACACAGUUUAUAAAGAUUACGAUGUCGUACUGUCUCCCUUUGAGCCUUAUAUCAAUAUUAAAGUUUUAUUAAAUUGGAAAAGUUUUAGAAAAAUCACAGAGUAAUACGAUAUCAUUUACUCAAUCUUUCCAGUUACUUGAAAAGCACAUGAGACAAAAAUAUCUGAAAUUGUGACUCUCUGCUGCUCUCCUAACAUCACUAUUAUACAUUUUUGUAUUGGUGGUCCAUUUAUUUACAGAUUUACAGCAAAUAGACACUGCAUAUGCAUAGAAUACGACUGUUUUUUUGUUUGAUAAACCACAGUUCACCAUCACCGAGGCUGCAUAUUCUAAUCUAAAACAGUCUCUAGCUGAUGUUUAACAGAAAUUCAGUUAUGGUAUAUAGAAUAAUGCAGUUUAAUACCCUUUUUUACAGUAAUGUCAGCCACAUUCUGAGACCAGUCUCCUCACCUAAUGUAGUUUAAAUGACCUGAUGAAAAUGUAGUUUUCAUAAGUUAUAUUAAGUACAUCGAGAACAUGUCAAGGCCUAAGAUAAACAUGCAUACUGGGUUUUAAUACACAUAGAAGUUUUUGAAAUAUGUCAUUUUAGCAGGACAGAAAUAAAAAAAAAUCUAUAUGGCGAGGUGUUUAAUUUUUUUAUGCAGAAAAAGACAAUGGGAUUUCACCAUAUAACUAUAACAGCCAACAGCUAUCCUGCUUUCCCAUUAUCUGCAUUGGUCAAUAGAGAAGUGACAUAAGUUGACCCUAAUCUACAAUGACAUAUUGAUAUGAAAGUGAGCUCAAAACAACAAGAGGCAGUGGAAAGUUUGCCUAUUUUGCUGCCUAAAUAUUAAAACUAAUAUGUAAAAAAUCGCAGAGAGCUUCUUCUCAGUUAUUACAUAGGAACAGGUGGCUCAGCUCGGCCGUUUUGAAGCUGCAGUGUAGCACGCAGGUGAUUGUUUUGUUGUUGUUCAGAGUCGCAGAGUCGCAGGCUUGGCUCUUACCAUAAAGCACGUGGUUUACAGACAGUGGGCAGGGCUGAGGAGGUGUAAUCUGAUAAGGCUGCAGAGAUGCUGCAGCUGGUGCACAGGGGUAAUUCUCAACACACUAAGUCAGGCACACACAGACUACUGAAACUCCUUAUUGUCUCUUUAGUUUGCAUCAGGCAGCUGUGGAUUAGGGAAUAAGGAAAUUUGUGUUCCGUGUAAGAAGCUGAAACACUUCCUCAGUAUGUCUUUGUGCAGAAAGCUGCUGCUGAGAGAGAAGGAGGAGGGGUUGGAAGAACUGUAAGAUGACUCCUACUUUCAGUUUGCCUUCCUUUCUGUUUACAAGCCAAACCCACAGAGGGUUGAAGGGGUCACAUUCUUCGUCCUGUGCUGCAACUCCUCAUUGGUCGGUCCACGUCACUUUGAGCCGACUUCCUGCUUCCUGCUCUCUGGCUCGGUUCUGCUAGGCUUUUGUUUAGCUCUGGUGCUUUCAAGGCUAACAGGUAUGCUCGGCAUGCUAGCAGAGGCAUAAACAGGAGCUCUCUGUGGAUCGGCAGGGUAUAAUGAUGUCAUGCUGAUGCAUCACCCCGCAGCUACGCUUUAAUGAGAUCCCAGCCUGAUAAACAGGAAUACAAGCUUGAGAAAGGAUCUGUACCACUUAGUUACCUGCAGGUUUGUUCUUUAACUUGUACUUCAGAUACUCUUUUUUUGCUUGAGAUACUUUUUUCCACUCUCUUUGAAGCACAUUUGAGACAUUAAGGAGCAGAUAGAGAAAGUGAAAAAGGAGACAGACGGUUAGUGGUGAUAGAACCACUAGAUGUUCUGUGGUGUAACGAACUAACAAGACAUCACAGUGCAAGAGGGGGGUUGGAAGAGCGCAUGGCUGACUCUGCACUGAUACAAAGCACAUGUAUGAAGGGAAAAAUAUGAGUCAGUUUUCAGUGCUGCCGUGAAGCAGGAUGAUUCACCUACAUUGUCCUCUUCUGUAAUGGAUGACAGACGUCCGCUCUUUCGCUCUGUGCUGUUUAUGUCCAGUUAACAUGUUUUUAAAGGCAGUGGCAUUUCGUAAAGUUACCAAAUGUUUUUCAUAUGUAAAAUUUUCAGUGAAUUUGUGAAAGAGCCAGUAGAUGCAACUAUCAGACAAACGUAGGGAUGAAGAUAACAGUGUGUCAGUGUCAGUGUUUUUCCCUGAGGCAAUAUGCAAAAAAACGAACUAAGCAGGCCGAUGUUUUGACUUGGAGAUCAGAUAAAAGUAGGCUAAUGUUGCAACUACUUUUAAAUCUUUAAAGCCAAUAAAAACGCCCAUAUCUCCAAUCUGGUUUUAAUGAAAGCACUGACAAGAAAGAGCAUCCAUUUGAAUCAAAUAAUGGAUCUAAAACUUGUGAACUCACUAAUGUUGUUUUUUGUUAUUGUUUUUUAACCUCUAGUUUGAUAAAAUGAAGGUUAGACAACGUUGUGUUUAAAGUCAUGUUUUUUUUUCCACCUCCACAGCCACCCCGCUCCUUCCCCCAGCCUCUACCGCAGUCGUGCUCCUCGAGAAGAAUGGCUCACUCCUCCAGAGGAUCCAGCUACCCUGCAACAGGGUCGAGGAGCUCCCCUAGCCUUUCUUCUCAGAACAGCGGCAACGACACCGAGAUGCUGGAACGGAUUCUAGACAAACCCAAACUGGUGGUUGUGGAGGAGCCGAAAGAGAGAGGCAUGAGGUUUCGAUAUGAGUGUGAGGGCCGCUCGGCCGGCAGCAUCCUGGGGACAUCUAGCACUGAAAGCAACAAAACUCAGCCUGCUAUAGAGGUAAACACCUUAUGGUUUAGGGGAUUAUUGUCUCUAAGAGACGGUUGGAGUGGGAUUUAACCACAGUUCCGUGUGUUUGCAGUCUACUCUUUAACCCCACCAUGUCAACCAGUGAGGGCGGGUUGAUUGUGUGGGUUGUUAGUGUGAGUAAGAAAGUACCCACGAAUCCAGGCUCAAAUGUGGUCAAAGACGAGGCGGAUUCCCCCUAUCUGCAGAACAACUAACACACCCACACAGUCACAUGAACCUAUUUACCCCCAACAAACACAACAAGGCCAAUGCUUCAGGCUUGUAGGGAUUCUUUUGGUUUCAAAUCGUGAAAUUUAAUUAAACUCUUGCACAGGAUUUAGAUUUAUGUCAUUUUUUGGCAUUUUUGGAUUCUACCUCGACUCCCAUCUGUGUUUUAAUUGAUGAAACCUGUUGACAGGGCAUAAGAAAUAUGAGAAAAACAGUUUUCUAAACCAGAAUAUGGACUCACUAUCCUUAUUUAACAGCAAUUAAUCCCAGGUCUUUAGUUCAGUAAAGAGUUAAAAUGGAAGUUCAAGAUAUCAUUUUUCAUUUCAUUGUCUAACAGUUCAUACAAAUGUGGAUAAACCUUCAGUUUGCAACAGUUGAAUAAACUGCUCACCUUAUUUUGAUACAGAGGAAGGUGAAGGAGAGGACACAGUUGGCACAGUUAUGACUCCCUUGUGUUUUUUUAUUUUAUUUUGUAUACUUCCUGCAGUAAAAUCUCCAGUUCAGUUCUGUUGAAGUAAUUUGCUAUCAGUGAAUGAGGCUCAUUGUUGUUAAUGACUCUGUUUUCUCUCUUCUCUGACAGAUUCAGGGCCCCAUUGAACACAUAAAGAGGGUCACAGUCACCGCUUCCCUGGUUACCAAAGACCCCCCACACAGGCCUCACCCGCAUUGUCUUGUUGGUAAAGACUGUCCCAAUACUUCUGGUAUUUGUGUGGUCACACUUAAUCCACACAGCAGCCGAUGUCACAGGUACGAAUCCAUCUCUGAGUUCUUUAGUUUUUAACAGAUGACAUUUCUCAUUUAUACAGAUGUUCUUGUUUUUGCAUCUUUUUCUAUUUUGUGCUGUUUUUAAAAACUUUCAUUUCGUCUUUACAGCUUUUCUAACCUUGGUAUUCAGUGUGUGAAGAGGAAAGACCUCGACUCUUCACUGGAAAAAAGAAGAAGCCUAAAUAUUGAUCCCUUUCAAAGUAAAAUGACCUCAACACAUAUUCAGAUAUCAUCCAUCGCUACAUGUUUACAUCUGAUUAUUAAAGCUGCUCUGUUUCUUUCCUCAGCUGGUCACUCAAAGGGCAUUGAGGACAUGGAUAUGAAUGCUGUCCGUUUGUGUUUUGAGUGUGAGCUUGAGUGGGAUGACGGCAGAAAGGACAGUCUGAGCCCAGUGAUUUCAAAUCCCAUCUAUGACAAGAGUAAGACAUUGCUAAACACAAGCCUGUGUCCUUUUUACCACAGUAUGACUGACAGGAAGAAUAAUGUGAUCACCGAUUGUUUCCUUGUUUUUUUUCCCACAGAGGCCACAACUACAUCACAGCUGAAAAUUUCCUGUUUAAACAUCUACAGAGGCCCCUGUACUGGCAAGACAGAGAUCUACAUGUUGUGUGACAAGGUGCAGAAAGGUAUGAGGAAGACUCACAGCAGAGUGAAGGUUUCAGCUCAGGUUGAUUCACUGUGUUUUGCAUGUUUUCUGAUCUGUUUUCAUGAUUUUACAGAUGACAUAGAGAUCAUCUUCAGGAGAGGGUCCUGGAAGGCCAGUGGGGAGUUUGCACAGACGGACGUCCACCGGCAGAUUGCUAUCGUGUUUAAGACUCCCCCCUAUCAAGACCAAGACAUCGUGGAGGAGGUCGAAGUCAGUGUGGCUCUUCGCCGCCUCUCAGACCAGAUGGAGAGUGAGCCUGUUUCCUUCACGUACCUGCCAUACAACCCAGGUGAGGGCAGACUUCACGGAGCUAGGACAUUCUGCCUGUAGGUUUUCCUGUUUGUCAGUUUGUAAGGAGAAUGGUGGAAAUAUUUCUGUUCAUGUUUCAGAUCCAUAUGAGGUGAACCGAAAGAGAAAAAUCAAGCCAGAUGUCAACUUCAGAGAGAAAUCUUGUGCAACAGGUGAGAACAAAACAAUGACCUUGUAGAGGCACAUCUGAGCUCCACUGUCCCAGGGUGUUAUUUUUACUGUCAGACCACUGGACUACAUGUUUUUUUUUUUUAAAGCAGGCCUUUCUUGGAUUAAAUAGCUCAAGAAUAACUUUUCACAUUUACAAGAUUUACAAAACACUCCAGCUUUUGCCCUUUGUCCCAAAGACAGUAACCUCACUAUGCUGUAAUUCUUGCUCUUGGAAAUCUUGGUGAUAAUUCACAUGAACCCACCUCUAAAAAUGCCUCACAGGCACAUUUAUAAAGCCUGAAAAAUGCAUCAAAAAAGGCUUUAUAAAAAUGCUUAUAAGUAUUUGUAAGCAUUCAUGACAACAGAUAAUGCUUAUUAUCACUCAUACUAUGACAUUUUCAGCAUACUGUACGAUGACAAUUUUAUCAUAUUUAACUGACAUUUUUAUCAUAUUAAACUAUGACAAUUUUUUAUCAUACUGUACUAUGACACUUUCGUCGUACUAUACUAUGACAUUUAUAUCAUACUAUACAAUGAUAUUUUUUAUCAUACUAUACUAUGACAUAUAUUAUGAUCUUUUUUACAUACUGUAGUAUAACAUUUUUAUCAUACUAUACAAUGAUAUUUUUUACCUUACUAUACUGUGACAUUUUUAUCAUACUUUACUAUGACAUUUUUAUCAUACUUUAAUUUUUAUCAUACUAUACUAUGAAAUUUUUUAUGAUACAUAACUAUGAUUUUUUUUAACAUACUAUUCUAUGACCUUUUUAUCAUACUAUACUAUGAUAUUUUUAUCAAACUUAACUUUGAUUUUUUUACAUACUGUAUUAUAACAUUUUUUAUCAUACUAUACUAUGAUAUUUCUUACCUUACUAUACUAUGACAUUUUUAUCAUACCUAACUCAAAUUUUUUUGAUCAUACUGUACUAGGAUAUUUUUAUCAAACUUAACUUAGAUUUUUUUUAAACAUAUUAUACUAUAUCUUUUACCUAACUAUACUAUGACAUUUUUAUCAUGCUAUAAUUUUUUUAUCAUACUAUACUUUGACAUUUUUAUCAUACUAUACUAUGAUAUUUUGUGAUUUUUUUAUCAUACUUUAGUAUAAUAUUUUUAUCAUACAUAACUAUGAUUUUUUUUAAAACACUAUCCAAUGACAUUUUUAUCAUACUAUACUAUGAUAUUUUUAUCAAACUUAACUUUGAUUUUUUACAUACUAUAUGAUCUUUUUACAUACUGUAUUAUAACAUUUUUAUCAUACUAUACUAUGAUAUUUCUUACCUUACUAUACAAUGACAUUUUUACCAUACUAUACUAUGACAUUUUUUUUAUCAUUCUAUACAUGAUAUUUUUAACAAACUAUACUAUUAUAUUUUUAUCAUACUCUACUAUGACAUUUUAAUCAUACUUUACUAUGAUGUUUUUAUCAUACUUAACUCGUUGUUAUUUAGCCUAAUGGAUGCAUUUAUCAGGCUAUUAAAUGUGUUUAGGAAGCAUUUUAAUAGGUUUAUUUAUAUAAAGUGUAAAGCAGUGAGGAUCAGAGGUCUAUUAUUUAAUUUCUGUUCGGUUUAUUAUUUCCUCAUAACUCUUGUCUGUUUUCUCCUCACAGCAGAAAGUGCCCCUGCAGUAGAGUCGCCAUUGGUCUUCCCACAGCCUCAAACCAUGACGUCUACAGAUGAUCUGCACUGUGCUGCCCAGCCUGGAGUUGCUCCUUCAGCGGAAAUGUGUUUCCCAGGGACUCAAGAUUCCAACAGUGACUUGGACUCUUUGGCCAUCGUGACUGAGCUGCUAGAAAAUCCUGCCUACAUGAGAAUAUUUGACCAGCUAAACCUCAACCCCACCUUGCUCUCUGGCUCUGAGCAGAUGCUUGAUGUCAACGCCAUGACCUCCAACAUGGAUGUGAACUUUAACCAGAGUUAUGGUUCAUACCAUCCGGACUUCUCCCAUUUCAGCGACUUGCAGUUUAGCGCGCUUUUCAAUGAAAGCCAGACUCAGCAGACAGAUGCACAGGACACCUCGGCAAACGUUGUUCAGGUGAAGACGGAAGAUGAGUCCUGUUGUCAGCCUGAAGCUCCAUCUGGGAGGCCACUCAGUUAG